AUGCCAAGCCCAGCUAUCCUUGAGAAGCAGAAGGUGGUGCCAAUGAUCUUCAGACGGCAUGGAGACACUGCGCCCAAGAACCGCGGUCACGCUCUGGGCAAUGCCAAACCUGCAACAUUCUACAUCCGAGAGCUGGAGCGUCAAGGGGACAAAGGGAGCACCACGCUGUUGGAUGCAUCCGUGCUCAUGGCCACCCGCCCAUUCAACCCCAAGUUCAUUGCCUACGACAAGAAAGUAUUGCGUUUUGAAGCGUAUUUCCUGGAAGCCGUGCACGAAAGCAACCUCGAGAACUAUCGAGUGCGGCGUUGCGAAGUGCUAUACUAUCUCGAGGAUGAUACGUUGCAGAUCACUGAGCCCAAGGUCGAAAACAGCGGCAUCUUACAGGGAAACUUUGUUAAACGACACCGCAUCCCAAUGCCAGAGAGCGAUGACCGUGGUAACAUGCAGUACUUCACGUUGCGCCACCUGAACGUGGGCGAAGAGCUGACCUUUUAUGGUCGGACAUUCCACCUCUUCUCGGCGGACGAGUUCACACGUAACUACCUCGUUUCUCAGGGAGUUCAUGUGCCCCCAGAUGAAGCAGUCCCACGAGACCCGUACACGGUGCUACGUCAAGCACACAUGGCUCGAGAGACUGGACAAGAUCCAGAUGCGCACUAUGGCAAGAAGAAGUACCCGAUGAAAGACUUUAUGGAGGCCUCACUGGGUAAAUUUGCUCGGCCCAGCGACAACCUGCGUCGAUUCCUGGCACAUGACCGUGAGGUGCUGCGUUUCUUCGCUAUCUGGGACGACACCGAGAGGCUCUAUGGUAUUCGUCACCGCUACACACUGCACUUCUUCCUGGCUGAUAACACCAUCGAAAUCCUCGAAUCUUACGAGCGGAACUCUGGAUGCGACCCAUUCCCCAAGCUGCUCAACAGAGCAAAACUAUCCAAGGAUCCGGAACGCCAAGCAUGUGCUGCAGUGUGCGACGAAGCAGCGGAUGAUGAAGAUGUCCCUCAGCACCACUACUACUCGUGGGAGGAUUUGGCCAUUGGCGAAUAUCUCCAGAUCUACAAUAGGCGAAUUCUCUUGUUGGACGCCGAUGCAUCCACUCGUUCAUGGUACGAGGAGCACCAGAUGCCGCUCGCCCCUGCCAUUUCUGUUAAGGACGCAGUGUCACCUCCGCCGGUGUUUACACCUCCAGUUCACGACGGUUUGGGCUCCGAGGAGGAUUCGCUACAGUCAUGCUACCAUUUGCUACCAAAAGCUCCACUCAAGAGCAUUGAAUCCCUCGAUACGACUGAAGUUCUGCGGUUCCGUGCGCGUUUCGAGACGGAACAACCCGAAGACGUAGGGCGUCGCUUUGUGAUUUCGGUCAUCGUGUCGGAUCAAAGUGUCUCUAUUAUCGAGUUCAUCCAGCGCAAUUCUGGCAUUGUAGGUGGCAAGUUCCUUGAGCGAACGCGCAUUAAGCGUACCCGUCCUGACGGUUCCGUAGUGAUGACCGACGGCCGCAUUUCGUGGCUCGGCCUGGAUGACUUUUAUGUCGGCGCUCGAGUUCGCAUGACAGGCCGAACCUUCGUGCUCUUCGAGAUGGACGAAUAUAGUGCCAAGUAUAUGGAGGCUCGCCCGGCCAAGUUUGCACGAUCCGACAAGCUUGCUGUGCUACGAAAAGUGAAUGAUAAAGUGGACAAGUCCGCGCUGGAAACUCGCAUCAGUGACCUUCAGAAGAAGCAAAGCCACGUUGACGUCGAGGAAUUGACGGCAUUCCUGAAUGACCUAGCAGUCGACGUUGCCCCUCAUGACGCCUUCACUAUUAUCCGAAACUAUGGUGACAAGACAACCAUGAAGAUAGACCUCGGGACGCUGCCACAGCUAUUGGGUUAA